AUGCCUGGUCCUGUUGAGAAAAGUGCAGACGUCGUUGAACUCCGGCCAAAUGGAGAUGAAAAUGGGGAAAAUCAUUCAGUCCAACUUAUAGAUUCCUUUCCCACAGAAUAUGACUGGAGCUUUUGUGAUAUCAAUGAGCCUACAAUUUUGGAAGGCUCGCUAGCACCACCCACCCAGGUGCAGAAUGCAGAUUUAGCCCAAUUCCCCAACGCAGAGCCUUGGAAUGCCACCUAUCAAUUCGGUGUCGAAGACGAUUAUUUCUACGGGGCGAGUAACCGAAACCAUUACGAUGGGCCGCCUGGGACCAUGACAAGGUCAGACCGACAAUCUAGCAUAUGCCAAAGUCCUGCAUAUGAACCCAUACAUGAAACUGAUAGUGCGGGGAGAAGAGUAUCCGAUUUUGCGGAAAGCCCACCAAACGAGGUGAUAAAUUUGUCGUCAGCACUUUCUGACUUUUUCUUCAGAGAAGUCAUUGCCCUAUACUGCACGUGGGACAGUAGUGCAAACAAUAUGCGCAUUUUGACUGGAAACAUGUGGCAGUCAUCCGGCAUUAUAUACCACACUAUCCAAAGCAUGGCUGCCUCCUGCUUGGCCGGGAAUUUUCCCCAUCUGGCCGCGGUAGCCAAACGAGAACGUUCUCACGCUGUCGAUCAUCUACACGGGAGAGUCAAGGCUGUAGUCAGCAAAGAAGAGAGGCUUCUAUCGCUGAUGCUCCUCGGCCACACCGCCAGCUGGUUCGACCCUCACGACCUUGGCCAGGACCAGUUUCAUGAUGCGUGGAUCAUGACCAAUUCUUGGGCCUUGGAGAUGCAAAAAGAUUCAAAUUGGCCUUUCUUCGAGCAAAGCAUGGAUAACUGGUCUAUGCUUCUUGCCUUUUUAACCGAUAAAGGCAUUGAUUCAGUGAUACCACCGCUGUCAACCGGCCCCGACCAGCCGACACAGAGCACAAUGCCCCAUCCUUUCAGUGGUAUUUCUCACCAGCUGGCUAAGUUGGUAACUUAUACCGGGCGUUUGGUAUUUAGAGUUCGCAAGCGUUUGUUGAAUGUCAUAUAUAUGACGGAAACUGAUAUGGAUGAUUUUCGUGAUUGGUUUCGCGAGGCACGCAGCAUUGAACGGAGACUAUGUGCCUAUAUUCCGAUGAAUGUCUCUUGCAUGGUGGACCCGGGUGACCCUACAAUCUCACUGGACCACUUCCAACAAAUGGAUCAAGCAUUUCAGUAUAUGGCAUUGCUACAGAUAUACCGUGUCUUCCCCGAUUUGCUUACCGAACGAUACCAACCCUGGAACACCCACGCGAUCCUUCUUCCACAGGCUGCGCUCAAGAAACCAACACGCGAAGAAAUGGACGCUUGGCUGACUGAACUAGCAAUUCAUAUACUUUCUAUAUUGCAAAAGAUCCCAUUCGAGUCGCCAACACGCUCUGUUCAGCCGUUUAUUUUCACUGCAGUCUCAGGCGAGCUCAAAUAUCCACGACAUCCAGUCGAUCUUUCCGAUGGUGUUUCUGCUCCCUUUCAGCCUAUCGACCAGGCCUCAAUCAAAGUGGCGAGAGCACGACAGUUUAUAUUGUCACGCUUGUCAGCAUAUGGCAAUAUCUUGACUGUUGGCAAAGUGCAGCAGAUAUGUCGACUAAUCAAAGCCGUGUGGGAUGCACUCGACGCAGGAGAUGCUGAUGUCUACUGGGUGGAUGUAACUUACAAGAAACAGCUGGGCACAAUGAUGGCAUAA